UUUAAUUGCUUCAGUAAAAAUGCUUCUAAUUAGACCGAUUUUGAAAACUCAAAAAGGGUCCACUGCAGGCUUACUCCUGGCUGGUAGGAGAGUGGCUUGAGGAAUCCCAACCAGAACUUUUUGUUCGAAAGUUAAUGAGGAAAGCAAGAAAGCAGAGAAGGAAUAUACUGAAGAACCAGGAGCAAUGAGGCUGAAGAUUUUGAACCAAGCUCUUGAAUAUGCAAAGGAUAUUGGAUUCACAGAUCAAGCGCUCGUCAAAGCAACUAUGGAUCAAGGCCUCUCACCUGCAGCGGUUGGCAUGUUUGGAAGAGGGGCUACUGAUUUGGUAGAUUUUGCUAUGGAAAAAUGGUAUGAGCAGUUGAAAGUAGAACUUGAUGAGCUAGACCUUGAAAGAAUCGGUCUUAAGGGUAGACUAAAGACAGGUAUCAAGACCAGGUUGCAAUACCAAAUACCAUACCAAAGACACUGGGCAGCUGCUAUGGCAUUAGGGCUACAUCCAUAUAAUUUCCCACAGGUGCUCUAUAGACAUCAUAAGAUUAGUGAUCAUAUCUGGUAUGUUGCUGGUGAUGAUAGCCUCGAUUAUAAUUGGUACACAAAGAGAGCAGCUCUUUCUACAGUUUAUGCUACUACAGAACUUUACAUGGUUCAAGAUCAAUCUAAAGAUUUCAGAGAUACUUGGGAAUUCCUGGAUAACCGAAUUAAUGAUAUCAUACAAGCAGGGGGCAUGGCUGAAAAUAUUCAUUACACUAUAAUCGGAAUGAGCAGAGGGCUUUUAUCAAUGGCUUCUGCUUUUAUGCCAGAGGGUAGUUACACUAAAGAAGCAGACGAAUUCGAAAGAGCUCAGGCAAGAUAUCAAGCUAAAGAACAAGCCAAGAAAGAGACCCAUGAUAAAGCUCAUACCUCUUCUGAGGAUAAGUCUAAUCAAGAGACCAAGGACGAGAACAAAGGUUCAGAGAAAGGUGCGUCACCAGAUACAGGAAAGAAUCAGGAAUCUUCCCAGAAAUCAUAGAUCUUGUUGAAAUAGUAAUGUGUAUAUUUUUUAGCUUA